UCCAGUACAGUACGUGGCGGUAAUGCACUAUAACGUUGGAUGCCAACCGCCGAUAAACCCCACUGAAGAAUAAUAAGUAUUCCAACGGAUGGAGAUAUCUCACCACACGGGCAGUGUCUUGGCCGCGUUAUCGUUGCCAGAAAAGAAAGCCAGGGACAAGAUGGGUCUGGUACAGUGGUUGAAGGGCCAGUUCUUGUGUCAUCUGGUCAUCUGCUAUGGGUUCUUGGUCAGCGGUCUCCUGGUCAACCUAUUACAGAUCUGCACUCUGCCCCUCUGGCCAAUCAACAAGCAGCUGGCCAGGAGGAUCAACUGUAAACUGGGAUACUGCCUCACCAGCCAAUCUGUGGCUCUCCUAGAGUGGUGGUCUGGCACUGAAGUUGUGCUCUACACAGACCCAGAGAACUACCGACUCUACGGCAAAGAGAACGCCAUCGUCGUCCUCAACCACAACUUUGAAAUAGACUUUCUGUGUGGCUGGACCUUCUGUGACAUAUUUGGGGUCCUUGGGGCCUCCAAAUGUUUAGCCAAGAAAGAGUUGUCGUACCUGCCUGUGAUUGGCUGGAUGUGGUACUUCCUGGAGAUGGUGUUUAUUAAGAGGAAGUGGGAGGAAGAUAAGAGGAACUUUGUCCAGAGUCUUCAGAAUUUACGGGACUACCCUGAGAACUUCUGGUUCUUGCUCCACUGUGAGGGAACACGCUUCACAGAGGAGAAGCAUCGGAUCAGUAUGGAGGUGGCAGAGAAGAAAGGCCUGCCCAAACUCAAACACCACCUCCUGCCCAGGACCAAGGGCUUCUGGGUAGCCGUUCAGAACCUCAGAGGGACAGUUGCUGCCGUGUACUGUUGUACACUAAAUUUCAGAAACAACGAAACUCCAACCUUGUUAGGAGUUCUCAAUGGGGAGAAGUAUCAUCCAGAUUUAUAUGUAAGGAGAAUCCCUCUGGAGUCCAUACCAGAGGAUGAGGCUGAGUGUUCUGCCUGGCUUCACAAACUCUACCAGGAGAAGGACAAGUUCCAGGAGGACUACAGCCAGACGGGGUGUUUCCCAGGCCCCAAAGUUACUCCACCACGCAGGUCCUGGGCCCUGAUCAACUGGCUGGGCUGGACCUGCCUUCUCCUAUACCCCCUCUGCCUCCUCCUGGUCCAGCUGGUCAAGUCUGGGUCUAUUCUCACCAUCCUAGCCACCGUUGCUUUCUGUGCUGCAGUGUCAGUUGGUGUGCGCUGGAUGAUUGGACAGACUGAGAUUAAGAGAAGCUCCAGCUAUGGGGUCCCGCUGAACAACAAAUGAGGGGGAUGACCUUUUUACAACUUCAAUUUACAAUAGCAAGAUCCUUGACAGCACCAAAGGACCACUCACAUUACUAAUCUGAUAACUACAGCACAGAUCACCUCAAGCAGUUAAGAAUCGAUUCCAAAUAAAUAAUUGGUAUUAGUAUUGGGAUAGUAUUGAAGUCAACUCAAGCAGGACAAGACAGGGUUGACUGCUGCUUUAGUCUUUGAGGGCACACCUGUCUGCUAAUGACAGUCUGUGGCAGUCUUCAUCUUGUCGAUACAUGGGAAUGUACUGAAUGUAUACAAAGCACACAGCGUUCAGGGUUUGCAUCCCGCAUCUGUUGUACAUCAAGAUGUAUGACUGGAAAAUUGGCACGGUUGUGACUUUGUUAAAUGCACUUUUAGAAAUUGUGAUUUCAUAUGUGAAUGGACUCAAUUUAUUUGCAUGUAUGCCUUUUUUCUGUAAUAAAAUAAAGACCAAAGAAUGAAAGCUGUAAAACGCACCAGAGACCACUUCACAGAUUGAUGCUGUAUGUGAAAAUGCUGGCAAUCCCUUCUAUUUUAAGAUCCUGUUUCAACAUUACUAUGCCAUGUUUGAUUAACCUUUGGUCAUGACAAACAGUAAUCUCACACACAAAAAUAAUUUCUUUAAAAAAGAUUUAAUAUUUUUUGUACAUAUCAAACACUAAGAGCAGCAGAGGACCAGAAUGUAUGUGUUCAGCAGCAGGGAGAGCGCACCUUUGUCUUCUGUCAUUGGUUGGAUAUGCUCCAGUUCUGUGGGCAGCUCUCCAAAUCAGAGCACACCUGUCUGACUGUCCACCAAUCAAUGCCUGAAGCAUAUAGGACCCCAACCACAUCUAUGCAUCCCAAAUGGCACCCUGUUCCCUAUAUAGCACACUACUAUUGACCAGGACCCAUAUAAAAGUAGUGCACUAUAUAGGGAGUAGGGUGCCAUUUGGGACGCUCCCAUAGGCUUAAGCCCCACUUGUUACCAAUGGAUUCCUCUCCUUAGCAAGGCGAAAGAAAAAUACUAUUUUAAAAACAAAUCCCCAAAAAUAAAAAACAUUUAUUUCCUUCCUAGACUUCCCCACAGCCUUUGAGUGUUAAGUUAAUUUGCAUGUUUGGGUAGAAA